AUGUUCAACUGCAUUUCCUUUGUAAAAUUAAUAGGUGUUACUGACCGCACCCAUCACCAAGACGCUAUCUUCAUGCAUGGUGCCAUGGACAAAAUAACAGGAAAGAAUUCCUCCAAAAACAGACAGAAACGUAACUUUUUCCCGCCAAAACGUUACCGCUGGAAUCCAGAUGCUAUUCCCUAUAUGUUAGACAAGUCACUCGGUGAGUACUACAAAUCUCCGUUAAAAAAUUCUGCGUUUUUGUUUUACGUCAAAGAAAAAAGGCUAUGAAGUUAACGUUCAAAAUAAAAUCCAAGGACUUAGCCGGUCAAAAGAUCAGCAUUUUGUUUACUAAAAUUCCUCCUCGCUCAACUCCGUAUAAAAAUGGCGUUGCCAGAUGCCAUUUCUAAUGCAAAUUACUUAGUGUGCUAAACUUCAGUUUCGGCUACAUGAAAAGGUACAAGAGCAGCUGUGUCUUACUCGUAAUGUAAAGAAAGGUCCGUGACGUGUGUCACUCCGAUAAUAUGCCAGAAGAUGUAGGAUAAAUAACACCAAAGUGUUGGUCAUGCUAAUAUAUAGUCAGACAUAUAUUUCUCUCUGUUUUUGGAAGGUUUGAAGGUUUGCCCCAAUGGAUGAAAUGUUCCCCUAUGGAUUUUAACGAUCAUACUUAUUUUAUUUUAGGAGUGGUUGGGAGAAAGGCUUUUCAGGCUGCUGUUGCAGACUUUGAAAAAAAUACCUGCAUACGAUUCAUUAAACACACUAAUGAGAAAGCUUAUAUUUGGGUUCAUCGUGGAUCGGGGUGAGUUAGACAAAUUUGUCAUAAUUAGAAUACGCGGCAUAACCUAAAGGAUAUACAGUGGAAGCGGCUCUAAUAAGCGGACACCCUCAGGACGUGACAAAGUGACCGUAAUUGGAGCUGACCGGCCGCCGCUGACGGGAAUUUUAUAUCCGGAGUAUAUAUGGGAGUUGAGAAAAACGGGGUAUUGUGAAGGUGUCCGUAAGUAGAGCUGUCCGCUUAAUACGAGAGUGUUCGUUAGGAACGUUUCCACUGUAUAUCUAAAAAACGCUCCUAUAGCCUGCUUGAAGGCGCAAGAGAAUGAUUGCAGGUCACUUUAAAUGGAAACGUAAAUGAAUGAUAUUUUUGGCAGCGAUGUCUGUUUAGACCUGUUGGUGUGCUCUUUUGCAGCUUAGAAUGUUUUACAAUGUUUUUUUUAGCAAAUUUAUGUGUUAAAAAAAUUGCUGUUUUUUAAUUUGAAGCCCACCACCCUAUGUCAAGAGAGAAUGAUCAUUCUCUCUUGCCUGUGUUUAGGCCAUUCCGGAAAAGAGGUUAGGAGCUUAAGCAAAGACUUUUUGGAAGGCGCACGUUAACCAGAAGUGAGGCGUUUUCCUCUUUAACAUGCCUUGACGCCACAAAUUUGUAUUGCCAAGUGUCUUUACUCGUAUAGACACGAUUUGCCCUAAAAUGUGGGCAAGAGCGUUGCCCAAGAAGGCAAAACGUUCACUUUCGGUUGACCGGUGUCGCUCAAAACGUCCUUGCUUAUUAGCUCCCGUUUAUUUUAGUCAUCACAAAAAGAUGACAAUUCGUUUAGUUUCUACACUUUAUCUGAGCCUUUCGUAGUCCAUUCGAUCCUACGGAAACUGUGUUCCAAAAUUGUAAAAUUGAAGCGUCGUGAGCCACCAUUUUGGAUCAUGCGAAGCAGCUUGGCCUCCGGGCGUGAUGUCAUUUCGUCUAUUGUCAGAUGUUACCAGGCAAUAGCCCAUUUCCGAUUUUCAGAAACUCUCAAUUUCAAAACGAGACUAAGUGUUUUAAACCUUUCUGGUGAAAAUGAGUUUUAUUGCAUUGCUGGAGAAUAAAAAAUCAUUAUCGUAUCAAUGACGUCGCACUUAGCCUCGCUUUGAAACAAGAGGCUCAGGGCAAAUGGCUUAUUAGCAAGUAAGUUUAACUGUGGCAUUGCUUGUCUCAGAUGCUUUUCGGCAACUGGUAAAUCUGGUGGUAAACAGCCUCUGUCCUUGGGCAAGGGAUGUACCACUAAAGGUGUGGUGAUUCAUGAACUGCUACACGCCCUCGGUAUGAUGCAUGAGCACUGCCGCGCUGACAGAGAUCAGUUCAUUUGGAUCAACUUCAAUAACGUCCGGCCAAGUAAGUGGAACGAGUUACUAAACCGCUUCUAUGUUAAGUUUUAAAGAAAGACUAGAUUCUCUCUGUGUUUUUUUUAAUUUUCCCUUGCAGACACUUCGCUUGCUACUAGUAGCCCAGAACUCGGAGCGAGCAACUCCCAUUCUAGGCCUAUGUCAAGACGUUUUCAAUGACCAAUUUAUGUUUAGAUACAUUAUAGAGCGUUUUUCCCUGCGAAAAUAGAAGCUCUGCUCUGUCUGUGAGCGCAUUCGAAGAAAUUGAAAAGAAAAACUGAAUGUCAUUAAAAGUUCAAAAAUACAUUUUCAGGUUUGUACUACGGUUUUGUUGACUGGUUUUGGGGAUUUACGAGAUUCUAAAACUAAACUGGUCGAUGUGACACGAGUACAUGGAAGUUGCUCGCUCCGGGGUUAUGGCCUUCUGUCACUACUUAGGGGAUCAUACGGGUCACUGCUUAGCUAAAGUACUGAUUUCAUGGUUGAGUUACUGUGGUCUUGUUUUUAAGAUGAUAACCAAUUUCAUUUCGGUUUGUUUUGCUGUGUUGUAAUUUUACCAUCAAAUUGAUUCGGAACUUCUUUUAAACCCGUGGUUUAGUAAAUAUCUGCAUGAGUGGAAGUCGUCAGAACUUCAAGGAUAAAAGGUUUCAUUCCCCGAAAACACGACUAUUAUAGUUAUUUACUGGAUGGUUGGUAUUGGUCCAGACUCUCCAUUUUGGUUUUAUCGAAGGAGAUAAUAGAGACCCUUAGAUUCGAGGACGAGAACGACCACGAAUACGAGAUUUGACUGAAAGUUUUUUUGCGCAUUCUGAAAAAAUAGCCGCCCCGGAACUUUUGGUUCACCAGAAACGCUAGCACUGAUAUCUUAAUUGUAGGUUAAGACCACUCCCGAUCGGAAGAUGAUAAAACUUCUAACGGCAUUCUCGCUAAAACUCGUAGAAGAAUGUCGACGGCUAUCCGUCACUUUCCCCCCCCCCAAAGUAACGCUGUUUCACGCGCGAGCACUACUAAAGGUUGAUUUCCAAUGACGCCUUUUUGGCUAAGUACGUUAACGCAAGUAAAUUUUAAUCACGUAAAUAAUAUAGAGGCAAGAUAUAAAGUGUUGAGAUUAAACGUGAAGUUGAGCGAGGUUCUACGUUUACGCUUACGUACGACUUUUCAUACAUUGGCCUCUAUUUUAUUUGCGAACGUAAAUUUUACGCACGUACGCACGUAAAAUUUAUGCGACAGUGGAAUUCAACCUUAAGUGUCGAGAAAAUCUCGUUGUCGUAGUCGUUCUCGUCUUAGAAUCUUAAGGUCUCCGAUAGCAUUCGUCGUGAAAUAUAGCUUUGUUUGCUUUGGCGUUUGCUGAAACGCUUUUCAAAUAAUAAUAAAAAGAAGAAGAAGCAAAAUGCCUAUCGUUUUGGUUUCUGUUACAGAAGCCAAAAUCGAGUUCCAAAUUUUGAAAGGAUAUGUGCUUGGAGAGCCGUACGACUUUGAAUCUGUGACGCAUUACGGAUUUGACUUCUUUAGCAUUAAUCCGACUAUUCCAACGAUUGUCAAGUUAAUGCCUGGAGGCGCGCAAAUUGGUCAGCGGGAAGGAUUCUCUCCUCUGGAUUUGAGAAAAAUCAAUAAGUUUUAUAACUGCAAAAACUAUAUCAGUAAGUACCAUUAUAGCUAUUCAAUGUUUAGCAUUAAACUACCAUUUAAACAUUGAAAUUUGAAUUUUAUUGUGUCUAGAAUAAUUGGUUCUUAUUGUUGUUAGUUAUUUUUUUCUUGGUAUCUUGUGUAGGACCCGUGUUCACGCCCGAGGAGAAAAAGCUUAAAAUAGUUUCAGGUAAUUUAACUAAUAAGGCGAGUAAAACUUAGAGUAUACGCAAUGGUACUUGACGAUGAAUGUGGAAGUUUUCUGGACUUGAGAAAAAUCAAUAAGGUUUAUAACUGUCAGUAAAAACUCCACCAGUAGUGGAUAAAAAUGUGGAUAGCCCCAAAGCCCUUUUUCUAUCAUGUCUAAUUAAAACAAGUUGCUGCGUCUCGUAUUUUAAACUAAAGACCACUCCUGCUCACUUAUUUAACAUACUGACUGACCUGUGCGAACCCGACAUUUCAAUCAGUUUUUCUAACGAAUAUUUGAUACCAAGAGAGGAUGAAGGACAACCUUUCUUGUUGAUGCUUAUUUCAGUGAAAUUUCUGUUGUGAUUUUAGGAAGUUGCAACUUUGAAAACGGCUUUUGCAACUGGCGAAACUGGAAAAAUAAAGUUGACGACCAGUUUAACUGGGAGAUAGGGAUAGUAAAUGAUCCGCAUCAUCUAGCUGGGGAAACAUAUGGGCAACCGUACGGUAAGAUAUACUGACAAAUCACCUCGAAUUUACCACUUUAUAUUGGACGAUUAAAGAUUGAUUCCUUUUUUACCUCUGGGCUAUAUUCAGUCUAGCGCAAAGGCUAGUGUUGUCGAGUACAUGACUGAAACUAAUGAAACAGUCAAACACAACAAAGCAAAGAAUCCCAACUUCCCGGAGGCAAACCUGUUGGCUACUAACAUGCGGGGUCGAGGAUAUGAACUCGGGACAGCUGUGAACAAAUCCAGCAAGCGGUCAGGGCUAACUUGAACUUGGGGCCUACGGUUUGCCUGUCAAACGCUCUAACUACUCGGCCGCUCUGCCUUCUAGGCUGCGACCAGUCUAUUUUCUCUUAGUUUAUGGAUUAGCCACAAAGAGAAGUGAGAAUCUCUCUUUUUUGGAACCUUCAGUGUCUUGAUACGCCCCAGUUGCGCGCAACAGUCGGUGAGCUAUAUUCACACCCCAAUCGACAAUACUGUACCUCAUCAAGGAUAGUUUCAGCAACAACAAGAAAUACUAUUUUUUUCUGUUAUUUUACUUUUUAUGACCUAGACUUAUCCUAAAAUCAGCUAUAUUUAGUCUACUCAUGUUAUAAAAAUCUUUCUUUCUGUAUAACCCGAUCUUUUUCAAUCUUUUUCAAGGUAAAUUCAUCUUCUUUGAACCGCCGAAAUCCUAUGCCGAGUACAUGAGUAGCGGCGUAUUAUACAGCGGUUUCUUUAAUGGAUCAAGCUGUUUAAGGUUCUACUAUCACAUGAGCACUGGCGGCUAUCUUAGGGUGUUUACAAAAGAGAAGGAUUCAAAGAGGAAAAACCCAUAUGUUCUUAUCUGGGAAAAGACAGGUCCACAGGGCAACAAGUGGAAGAAGAUGAAAACAUCAAUAUCCGGCAAAGAUAAACUUUAUGAGGUCUGACAUGUUAAUCGCUGGUUGACUUGAUGAAUAAACAAGUAAUGCCUUUGAAAAUGAGGCUUAUAAAGGAAAAACCAAAGGCCUCGAACUUUUCCGUGUUUUCACCCUUUUACUCCCAAGAUCUGAUUUGUAAUUCUCCUUUCCAGCUGCUGUAUAUUUCAUUGUACUUAGUUCUUAGUUUAGAGAAUUUGGAUUUAUAUCAACAGUGCAUCCUCUGGCUGCUACACCUCCCUAUUCCUAUAACCUUUCUGCUGGACAAUGAAUUGAUAUUAUUAGGAGAAGUUAGAUGCCGAUCACUUCUGGGAGUUAAAGGGUUAAGACAGAUACUUGACUGAGGAAACUUGGAAAAAGCCAAUUGAAAUUUUUUGCACCAGCGCACACACCUUGCGCCAGGGACGUGACGCCUUCCCCUGAGCGAGGAGAUGUCAUGCGCGCUCCCGUAUGUCGCUUUUUCUACCAUCAUAUAGGAAAAUUUGGGACUUUCUGUGGUUCUCGUAGAGUUGACAUCUCAAAUAUUUAGCACAAACCAGCGUUGCAACAUUGUUGCGACAUUAUUGUUCCAACAUUGUUGCGCUAUUGACGCUUUGCAAAUCCUCCCGUGUAACGUCACCUUAAGGUGGUCUUUAAGAAUUCAGUUAUUUGCAGUUUCUAAGUUUUUCGGGACUUUUUUGUUACCAGAAAUCGACAAACAAAUUAGAUUUCCAAUCCAACUCGAAGCUAGCGAACAUUAAAUGCUACGGAGACAGUUGGGAUGUCCCAAACCUAGUUUGUUGUCCACUAUUCUACUAUUAAAGAUUGCAAUUAUUACUUUUGUUUUUCAGAUCUGUAUCGAGGGAAUUAAAACUCCUGAUCAAAUGGGAUUUGUUGCUUUUGAUGAAGUUCAUCUAACUCAAGGAAGAACAUGUGGUUGUAAGUAGAAUUAAGAUUUUUGUAUAAUUGCAAUCUUAGUAGCAGACAUUUAUUUGUAUUUUCUUUAUGAAUUAUUGAUGAGUUUGAGAAGCUUCUCAAACUCAUCAAUGAUUCAUAAAGAAUUUACAAAGUAAAUUGAUGUUUAAUGAGUGUUUGGAAAUCAGAUGAAAAACUGCUCAUUUUUGCAUCCUUAAUUUCUCCUUCUAAAAUCAUUUUGUUUGAGAAGUAAACAUUCGACACAGUAUUUCAUCACCAGAUGAAACACCUCGAAAUUCGUCAAAAAUACUCGGCUGCGCGUCGUAUUUUCAACUCUCUUCUCAGUGUUUCGUCUCGUGAUGAAACACUGCGUCUCAUGCUUGAUAUUUUACAUAAAGGGCAGUGAAGCUUCUGACUCCAAAAAUUCAAACUCAGAUUAAUAUAUAUCGCAGAGACAGGGCCGUAGCCAGUAUGAGGCAAACUGAGGCACUUGCCUCAGUCAUUUAAGGUUUGAUCCCAGUGUUUUGUUUAAACGUAGUCAUCAUAAAGACCCUAAAUAGCUAGGCGGGGAAUUCAACCAUAGAUAUUGCCUCAGUCCUUAUUUUUUUCUGGCUACGGCCCUGAGAGACCAAUGGUAUCGUAUCGUCUCAGCUCAAGGAAUCCGGAAUCCCACUAACGAUUGCAAUCCAGAAUCCACGUUCCACUGACAUCCAGAGACUGAAUUCCAGUAUCUGGAAUCCGGGAUCCAAGAAUGUCUUGGAUUCCCUCGCAUAAGGGGGGAGGCUUAUGCUUUUUUUCACAAAACAAUGUUUUGUGAGUUCUGAGUAAGCGCGCAACCAUCAUUCUCCUGUGUAAGUGUGUCUAAAUGGUUAUUUCAUUAGGAUAGAAGAAGCCUAACAUAUACGGGCAAUACAACAUUGCAUUGACAAGUGAUAAUCAAGAUCACUUAAUGGCAGAUGGAGAGGGGGAAACAUGCUAUGGAGAACAUUGCAAUUGCUUGCUUUCAUUUCGUGUGUUCAUGUAAUCGUGAAUAUUGUAAACAAGAAAACCAUUUACUGCCGUUUAAUUACCCUAGAAGACAAUUUUUUUUCUUAGUUUAUUACUUCACAUAAUAAAAUUAAAGA